CUCUCUCUCUCUCUCUCUCUCUCUCUCUAUAGCAACAUGGUGAUUCAGAAGGAGAGUUCCAUGAAAAGCCUCCCGAGCCCUUCUCUGUCAUCACCUUCCAAAACCCUAACUAUGUCCUCUUCCUUGAUAUCACUAGGCUCGUCUUGCACUUCUUUGGCUACAGCUGAAGAAGCCAUCCGAAAUGCCGACCCCAUCAUCACCAAAUGGGACAUGGACUCCUCCUCUUACACCAAACUCAUCUCCCUCUUUCACCACAGCCGGAGAGAGGCCGCGGACUUCCUCAAGUCUGUCCACGAGCUCCGUGGGGCCAUGCACUUCCUUGUCUCCAACCACCAGAGAUCGAGGGACCAGCUUGUCCUUGCUCAGAACUUAAUGCAAGUUGCCAUGAAACGGCUCGAGAAGGAGCUCUACGACAUCCUCUCCUCGAGCCGGGACAAGCUCGAUCAUGAGUCUUUGUCUGAAGGGUCGUUCUCGAGCCGCUCCACUUCGAGCAAGUUUGGAGGGCUCGAGAAAAUCGACAAAGAAGAAGAACUAAAGGAAGAAGAUGACGGUGCUGAUGAUUCGGAGGAUGGGCUGGGAAAGGCCAGAGAGUCGAUUGCCGAGACUGAGCAGGCCUCGGUGCUCGCCAUGUCGGACCUGAAGUCCAUUGCCGAUUGCAUGAUAAGUGCUGGGUACGGGAAAGAGUGUGUUAAGAUAUAUAAGAUUAUCAGAAAGUCGAUCGUCGACGAGGGGAUAUAUCGGCUUGGGAUCAAAGGACCCAAGCUGCUUCAGAUCCAGAAGAUGAGCUUGGACUUGCAAGACUGCGCAAUUAAGACUUGGUUGAGUGCUACGAAAGUCGUCGUGAGGACACUCUUUCGAGGUGAGAGGAUUCUAUGUGAUCAUGUGUUUUCUUCAUCAAGCACAAUACGAGAGUCAUGCUUCACUGAAAUUACAAAAGAUGGUGCAAUCAGCCUAUUUAAGUUCCCAGAGCUCGUGGCAAGACCUAAGGGGCCGUCGGGGAGAAUUUAUCAGCUAAUCGAACUCUACGAAGCAUUAUCAGAGUUGUGGCCCGUCAUAGAUUACACGUUCGACUUCAAAUCAACUGCGACGGUCAAACUUCAAGUCCUUUCCUCACUGGUUCGGCUGGGGAACACAGUCCAAACUAUCCUUUCCGACUACGAGGCCUCGAUCCAGAAGGACUCGUCAAGAAAUCCCGCCCCCGGAGGUGGGAUCCACCCUCUCACGGAGUCCGUUAUGUCAUUCAUUUGUUCACUGACACCUUAUAGCGGGACCCUUUCAGACAUUCUAGCCGAUCACCCACACCCCGAUGGGAACUUACAAUUGCCUGAGUCUUACUUCGGGAGUCCUAGCUCCGAGGACUAUCCGACAUCUCCAGUGUCAAUCAGGAUCGCGUGGCUGAUCCUCGUACUAUUAUGCAAGCUUGAUGUGAAGGCCGAAUUAUACAAGGAUGUCGCUUUGUCCUACCUUUUCCUGGCCAACAACCUUCACUUCAUAGUAAAGAAGGUCAGCACAACGAAUCUCAAGUACCUCCUCGGAGAUGAGUGGAUUGCCCGGAAUGAGAUGAUAGUUCGGCAAUACGCUUCUAGCUACGAGGCCAUGGCCUGGACUAGGGUACUCUCUUGCCUGCCAGAGGUCAUCACCAUUGAUGAUUCAGUAACCUCUCCAUCAUUGUCAGUCGAGGAGGCGAAGGCGUGUUUCCAGAAGUUCAACUCUGCAUUCGAGGAUGCACAUAGGAGGCAGGGCUCUUGGGUGGUGCCGGAUGGCAAGCUGAGGGAUGAGAUCAAGGUUUCCAUAGCAAGGAAGCUUGUGGGGAACUAUAGGGUGAUCUGGGAGGAAUACAUGGGUUCCAUGAGAGAGCUCGUUAGGUUCCGGCCCGAUGAUCUGGAGAAUUACUUGUCGGAUUUGUUCCAUGAGGCAGCAAUCUCGGGGAACUCAUCAGGGUCGUCAUCCUCUACUUCCUACCCACAACCUCGAGGGUGUUUAUCUCGUUCAAUCAAAGUGUACUAAUGACUUGAUCCAUUCAAUAUAAAAUAUAACGACCUCGAAAUAUCCA